UCCCUCCUCCCGUAGGGUGGGGCCUCAGCUCGACUGACAGUUCUGUCUGCGCCUGCGCCCUUCCUAGUCUUUUACGGCGGCCGUAAAGCGGCUCUGAUUUCGGCUUCGGCUUUGGCUUCGAAGCGCUUGACCCCUCCAUACCUUCUGGCCUCAAGGUUUUUCCCACCACCUUGAGGUCAUGGAUGCACGGUUUACUAGGGGGAAGUCGGCCAUCCUGGAGCGGUCACUUGCGAGGCCCAAGACGGAAGUGAGCCUGAGUGCAUUCUCCCUGCUGUUUUCUGAGCUGGUUCAGUAUUGCCAGAAUCGUGUGUACUCCGUGGCAGAGCUUCAAGCGCGGCUGGCAGAAUUGGGCCAGCAGGUAGGCGCUCGAGUGCUGGAUGGCCUGGCCACUCGGGAGAAGGGCGGCCGACGGGAGACAAGGGUACUGGGUGCACUGCUCUUUGUCAAGGGUGCAGUAUGGCGAGCGCUCUUUGGCAAGGAGGCAGACAAGCUGGAACAAGCCAAUGAUGAUGACAAGACCUACUACAUCAUCGAGCGUGAACCACUCAUCAACACCUACAUCUCUGUGCCCAAGGAGAACAGCACUCUUAACUGUGCCAGCUUCACAGCAGGUGUAGUUGAAGCUGUCCUCACCCACAGUGGCUUCCCUGCCAAGGUCACUGCCCAUUGGCACAAGGGUACUACUCUCAUGAUCAAGUUCGACGAGGCUGUCAUUGCCCGGGACCGGGCCUUAGAUGGCCGCUGAGCUGAGGACAGGCUAGAGGAGAAGAGGGCCAGGCCCUUCUUCAUACCUUUGAGCCAUGGCCCUUUUUAUUCCUGGAUUGUUCCCAUUGCCAGAUGAACAACCCCCCUGCCCUAGGCUUUCUACCAUGAUGUGAACCCUCAUCACUUUUCCUGGCUCUUGACUCUCUCUAUUGAUUCUGGUUCCAGGGAGUAUAUUCCCUGGUGUGCUCAGGGAAUAAGGAGCUCAGGUUUCUCUAGGCUUGGCCAGGCUAACCUCCGUAGUCUGGGUUUGGCCUGUUUUUAUUUUUUUUUUUCUGUGUCAUCUCCUGGAUGGUAUGGACAUGAAUGGGGGUGGGUCUAUUCCUAUUAUCCUGGCUUCCCUUAACCUUUGACUCUUCUCUGCCUGUUUUCUUGGGGGUACUCAGGGUAGGGGCUUCUGUACACUGUCCAUUGGGGAAACAGUGAAACUAACCAGGGAAGACAGGUAAUUUCCCUUGAAGAAAUUCUGCAGUCCUCUUGCCCGGACCCUUAUUUGCUCUUCUGAAGCAGUGUCUAGGGGUAUCUAUUUCAAUGAUGCCCUGGUUGAUUUCCUGUGGGUGGGGUCCCAUGUUCUAUCCUAUGACAUAUUGGCUAGGGAUCAGAAACUGCACCUGUUCCAGUGGUUCAUACUCCAUCUUGAGUAGGGAUAGUACCUAGCUUCCCCCUCAUACCCUUUAUCAGCCCCAAACCUGGCCCAUUCUUUUAGUGGAUAUUAUACAGUCAGCUGCAGAAGGUUUGGGUUUCCAUUCCAGUUCUAGAGAAGGAAUAGGGUCAGAUUUUUAAUUAAGUUUAUCCUCUUUCCUUUUCAGUUCCUUUCCCUUUUCCACUUCAAUUUUGGGUGAUAGUUCAUUCUUCAUGUUUUCUUUUGGGGCUCUGAGGACAGUGAAUUGCUGCUAUAACAGUAUGCCUCUCAUUAAAGCCAAGUGUUCCUGGA